CUGAAACUGGCGUCACCUUCUGUUGCUAAGUGAGAUCAAAGGCAGCUGACUGAAACUGUGCAUUUGGACUGUCGACAGCCCUUGGUUUUACCGGGAUUUUUUUUGCAACAUUGAAGCCAUUACCUUCUCUCAAGAUCCUGUUUUGAACACUGAAGAUGGAUUACCCCAAAAUGGAUUAUUUCCUGGACGUCGAGUCUGCUCAUAGACUCUUGGAUGUAGAGUCAGCACAGAGGUUCUUCUACAGCCAAGGAGCUCAAGCUCGCCGGGCGACCCUGCUCCUGCCUCCCACAUUAAUGGCGGCUUCUUCGGAGGAUGACAUAGACCGGCGGCCCAUCAGAAGAGUCCGCUCCAAGAGCGACACGCCAUAUCUCGCAGAGGCCAGGAUCUCCUUUAACCUGGGGGCAGCUGAAGAAGUGGAGAGACUGGCAGCAAUGCGUUCGGACUCACUGGUCCCGGGGACUCACACCCCGCCCAUUCGGAGGAGGAGUAAGUUUGCCAACCUGGGAAGGAUUUUCAAGCCUUGGAAAUGGAGGAAGAAGAAAAGUGAAAAGUUCAAACACACAUCAGCAGCUCUGGAAAGGAAGAUAUCGAUGAGGCAGAGCCGAGAGGAGCUGAUCAAGCGAGGAGUCCUGAAGGAAAUCUAUGAUAAAGAUGGAGAGCUCUCCAUCUCCAAUGAAGAUGACUCCCUGGAAAACGGGCAAUCCCUGAGCUCCAGCCAACUGUCUUUGCCUGCUCUGUCGGAAAUGGAGCCUGUCCCGAUGCCCAGGGACCCCUGCUCGUACGAGGUGCUCCAAGCUUCAGACAUCAUGGAUGGACCAGUGUCUGAAGAGAGUCCCUGUGCCAGUGAGUCUGGAGUCCUCCUGUCCCAAGAUCCUUCAGCCAAACCAGUUCUGUUCCUGCCCCCCAAAAAACCUGCUGCUUUCUCUGGAGACCAUGAGGAGACCCCAGUGAAGCAGCUGUCCCUUCUCAAGCAGCCCCCGGCCCUGCCUCCUAAACCCACUGCCCGGAUUGCCAACCACUUAGCAGAUCCUGGCGCCCCCGUGAAAUUGCCUUGUCUGCCAGUGAAACUGUCGCCUCCGCUACCUCCAAAGAAAGUCCUGAUCUGUAUGCCCGUAGGGGGCCCAGAGCUCUCCCUGGCAUCCUACGCGGCCCAGAAGAGCAGCCAGCAGGCCGUGGCCCAGCACCACCACACCGUCCUGCCAUCCCAGGUGCAGCAUCAGCUGCAGUACGGCGGCCACGGCCAGCACCUCCCGUCCUCCACUGGCACCUUGCCCAUGCACCCCUCAGGCUGCAGGAUGAUUGACGAGCUGAACAAGACCCUUGCUAUGACCAUGCAGAGGCUGGAGAGCUCCGAGCAACGAGUCCCCUGUUCCACUUCUUACCACAGCUCUGGUUUGCACUCAAGUGACAGUGUCACGAAAGCAGGACCCAUGGGCCUUCCGGAAAUCAGACAAGUGCCAACUGUUGUGAUUGAAUGUGAUGACAAUAAAGAAAAUGUGCCUCGUGAAUCUGACUAUGAAGACUCGUCCUGCCUGUACGCACGGGAAGAGGAGGACGAGGAGGAGGAGGAUGAUGACGAUGCCUCACUAUACACCAGCUCUCUGGCCAUGAAGGUCUGCAGGAAGGACUCCUUAGCCAUCAAACUCAGCAACCGGCCCUCUAAGCGAGAGCUAGAAGAGAAGAACAUCCUCCCCAGGCAGACCGAUGAGGAACGGCUGGAGCUCAGACAGCAGAUCGGCACCAAGCUCACCAGGCGGCUGAGCCAGAGACCCACAGCGGAGGAACUGGAGCAGAGGAACAUUCUGAAGCCUCGGAACGAACAAGAAGAGCAGGAGGAGAAACGGGAAAUCAAGAGGAGGCUGACUCGCAAGCUCAGUCAAAGGCCCACCGUGGAAGAGCUCCGGGAGAGGAAGAUCCUCAUCCGAUUCAGUGACUACGUGGAGGUGGCAGAUGCCCAGGACUAUGACCGCAGGGCAGACAAGCCAUGGACCCGCCUCACCGCUGCAGACAAAGCUGCCAUUCGGAAGGAACUCAAUGAGUUUAAAAGCACUGAAAUGGAGGUCCAUGAGUUAAGUAGACACUUAACAAGGUUUCAUCGACCUUAACAGUGGUAUUACUCUUGAGUGCUCUGCUGUCUUCAAAACAUAAAUUUAUAAGAACCAUAAGUGCUGGCAUUUGUCCACUCCCCUGUUACGAUGUAAAUCUGAACUGCCUUUUUAAAAAAAGAAAAAAAGAAAAAAGAAAAAAAGAAGCUGAAACAAAAGAGAACAUAAUCAGGAUUCUAUGUGCAGGAACGCCAUGGUGACCACCACUCAGAGUUGCUGGCACCACUUCUGCUGCGGAAAAGUGUCCCAGGCCCCAGCAGGGACCUACCUGAGGAUUGUCCAGGGCUGCCUUGUCCCCUCCAUCCAGACCCAACAGGCACCACAUCAGUUCAGUCUUCGGUGAACCUCUUCCUCACAAGGGACUGAUGCCUGAGUCCAAGGAAGCCAAGGGCAGUGGGUUUGGCAUGGGAGUGGCUAGGUGGCAGUCGUAAUCCAGCUGGCCUUCCAGACGUGGUCAGACGCACCGGCUUCAGAGGGGGGCAUCUACUUUGGAGGCCCUUGAAGAGGGCAGUGCUGGAAAGGGGGUGACCUCUCGCAGUCCCCCCCACCUUACCCUCCCACCCUCCAGCCUUGUCUUGGGGGAGCCUGUGCUGGAGUUUUGAUCAUAAGCAUGUGUACUGUGGGCAUAGGAAGCUAGAACUGAACAUCUACUCUGAUCCCCUGCCCAAACCCGAGCUGCCUUCCAGGAGACUCUGGUAGGGAUAGUGGCUUGCCUGUUCAGUUCACAUUCAUUGACCGGCUUAUGUUUGGAAAGCCGAGGGCCAUGGGUGAUCCAUUCAUAAAUGCCAUUGCUAAGGUAUGAGCUGACCAGGGGCUGGGGUCAGAAAUUCUAUGGUUCAUGUUUUUCUUUGGCCUUGUAACACACCUGGGACAGUGAUGAUGUGGCUUGGCCAUUAAUAGCUUCUGAGUACCAAUGCAUGGAGGCCAGUGCCGUGGACCAAUGUCUCACUGCCUCUGCAGAUGCCUCCACUCUUCUGGCUUGGCACUUAAGAGUUUCUGCAGAGAGAUCCAUGUCUCAGAGGCCUAGCACUGGGCCAAAAGUUACCAGCCAUGACUGUCUGUGCUGUCCCUGGCUGCUUCAGUUACCCAGAGAGAGCCCCUGUCUCCUCUCACUCUCUUUCUCUCAGGAUGUGCCUCCAGCUGCCCUGUUGAGAGGGCCCCAAUGGUUGUGUGCACACUGAGGAAAGUGCACCCCAGACCCUAAGGAGGCCUUUUGCAGCACUGUUUUCCUUCCUAAACAAGCUCACAGACCCUUGGGUGCAAAAUUCUGCCCCAACCCCUGUGGUGUGCUCGGCUUUCAGAGUCAUCAUGGUUUCAAUAGGUGAGGGCUUACUCCACAACACACCCGGGAUUUAGGAAGAUACAGGCUAGCCAAGCUUGGCUAGCCACAAAGGAGUUGUCCCCUUGUCACACUAGGUGAGGUUAUGUUGCUCUUAGUGCCUGUAGUGAGGCCAUGCAAUUCUCUGGAGCGUUCGUGGCCUGUGGCCAGUUGCUAACCCAGGAACCAGAGUUAAAGGAAAGCUUAGGUCAGCCCUACAGGUAGCACCACACAGCUGCUGCUCUCCUGGCACUGUCUGGAUGGAGCACGCCUCUGUCCAGCCCAAAGACAACUCCAUUGCUGGGUCUUUCUGUUAUGAUUUGAAUGUUCAGAGAGGUAUUCAGGGAAAAUGCGGUGGGGAUUUUUAGCGUGGCUGUAAACACAGUCUUCCCGAAAGGCUUACUGACUUUUGAAUGUGCACACAGUAGGAAGAAAAAUGCAGAAAUCUUUUCUUGAACUUCCUUAGGGUUAGAGGGUAGGCACAUGUCUGGGGUGGAGGUCCCUGCCUGGCCAGGCCUGAGGUCUGUACUUCCUCUAAGCAGCAGGUUUGCUUCGGGCUGCUGUGGUGGUCUGGCCUGACAGGCCUUCCCCAGCCAAGAAGAGCCCUAAGGAACUCCUCCUGAAAAGGCCCAUGGUUUUGCUGGCCUUGGUUCUAGGGCCCUUCUGAUUGCCUGGGGACAGAAGUCCCCACUCGGCUAUCUCCCCGCUGCCAGCCAGCGGCCUUCACUGUUCCCUUAAGCAUGCCCUGGGAUGGCCCUUCUCUCAUAUAUGGAAGAAAUUGGACAGAAUGUCCACAUCACUUCCUGCACGGCACCCUUGGGCAGAAGUCACUUACUCAGUUAGGGGUGUGCCGUGCACGUUCCUAAAAGGUCGUCUCCUUUGGGGAUUGGCUAUUUAAAGGCCACUCUACGUGGUUCUCACCACGGCUCAGCAGCCUCCCCAGCUGUAGGCUGGCACUUUCACUCUCCUUCUGAAAACCUGGAGUCUUUAGGGAGCUGUAACCACAUGUUUUUCCCACUUUAUUAGGACAACUGGAGUGACUUGAAUUGUUUCCAAAGUUGACAAUUUGACACUAAUUAGGGGGGAAUAAAAAGAGCUAGAUGGCUUAAAACAUCCGUUUCUGAAAAAGUUACAGUUUUCAAGUGAGUUCAUCUUGAGCCUAUAUGUUCCAAUCUGAGCACUGUGGAGUUCAGGUUAGCAAGAAAGGAGAAAAUGAAAUGCAUCAGACCUUAUGGUUUUCUCUCAAAAUCAGGCAUUGCUGAACCCUGUCCCAGCGUCACUUUCCUGACAGGAGGGCCUGCCACUGACAAGCUGGCUUUCUCAAAAUCUUGACCACUUCAUUCCCCAGACACCCCCUAAGCCCUGCCAAGUUUUUAGAACAUGAGCCUUUCUGCCAGAAAGAGAAACCAAACCAAGUGACAGUCAGUGUGAGGAGACGCUUCGAGUUUCUUUUUCUCCUGCUUAUGAACACGUUUGUACUUUUGGAAUGAGCUUCGUGGUGUGUCGCUUCAGAUAAAUGGGAUCCCAGGCUCUCCCUGUGCACAGCCAGCGGGCAGGGGUCUCUGAUGACUUCUUCCUCCCAUGAGUCUGUUCCUCCCAUGAGUCUGUUCCUCCCCAAGCAGGUUGCUUUCUCCAGUUGCUUCCUGGUGUCUGUACAUAGUUUGUCUUUGUAUAGGAAUGAGUGUGUGUGGUGACCGUCGAUCCAUGCCCUCCCGGGUUCUAACUUAACAGAUGAUGGCUGUAUGAGGAAGAUGCUGUACAUAGAAUAUAAAUUAAACUGGAUCUCUGUGGCCUAGGUUUUGUACAUACAGAAACUGCAUGGUAUUUAAAUUAUUGUUUCUCUCUGAUGAUGUAUGCAGUUUCUUUAAAAACAAACCAAAAAAA